AUGAAAUUCAUAAAAAAAAGAAGAAUGGAUAAGGAAAACUGCUCUUCAUUACCAGAUUUUUUCCUCCUGGGAAUUUCCAGAAACCCUGACAUGAAGAGAGCUUUAUUUGUUGUGUUUCUGGUUGUUUAUCUUACUAUUCUUGUAGCAAAUGCUGGAAUGAUCGUUUUGAUCAGAAUAGAUCCCCAGCUUCACACACCAAUGUACUUCUUCUUCAGCCAACUUGCCUUCUCUGACUUGUGCUAUUCCACUGCAGUGGGACCAAAGAUGCUAUUGGACCUCAUUACAGAGAAUAAUCCAAUUUCAUUUGUUGGCUGUUUCCUGCAAUUCUUAUUAGUUUGUACCUUUAUAGAUAUUGAAUGCAUGCUUCUGGCAGUAAUGGCCUUUGAUAGGUACAAGGCCAUCAGUACACCCCUGUUGUAUGCUGUGGACAUGUCUAACAGAGUUUGUUACCAGUUUCUAACUGGAAUCUAUGUGUUGGGAACUAUAGAUGGUUUCAUACAUACAUCAUUGGCAUUCAGCUUAUGUUUCUGUGGCUCUACUCAUAUUAAUCAAUUUUUCUGUGAUUUUCCUGCUGUUUUACUCAUUUCCUGUUCUGAUACGCAGAUCAAUGAACUGGUGCUAUUCAUCCUUUUUGGUUUCAUUGAACUGAGCACUAUCUCAAGUGUCCUGGUCUCUUAUUGUUACAUCAUCUCAUCAGUCUUAAAGAUCAGCUCUGCAGGGGGACGCUUCAAAGCUUUCUCCACCUGUGCAUCCCACCUGACUGCAGUAGGGAUUUUCCAGGGGACCAUGCUCUUCAUGUAUUUCAGACCAAGUUCUGCCUACUCUCUAGACCAAGACAAAAUGACAUCAGUUUUUUACCUCCUCAUUAUCCCAAUGAUAAACCCUUUGAUUUACAGCCUAAGGAACAAGGAUGUGAAAGAAGCCCUGGUCAGGCUCAGAAAGAAAAGGUGGUUUUAA